AUCCACUUUAAAAUGAAACUAAAUGAGAUUACGAGCUAUAAAAGGGUAAAACAGGGAUCUCCGCGCAUCACGCACGCAGCUGGUAUUUUUACCUCAGAGAUAAAACACUGUGACCUUUGAGACAAACUUGAUAUUCCUGCAGGGGAAGCUGAAAAAACAGUUCUGUAGAGAAACAGUUCUUCAGGAAAACACGGAAGUGAAAGGAGGAGGAGAUGACAAAGAAACAUCUUCAAAUAUUGUCUUUUUUAAGUUCAUGAAGGAUGAUGGCAACUGUUUUAGAGCUGCUUCAAGAUAUUCUAGAAGACCUGGAACGAGACAAUCUGAAGAAAUUUAGGAGUCUCUUAAAACAAGAUGGACCCCUUCGAGCUGGUAAACUGGAGAAUGCUGAUGCCACUGAUAUAGUGGAUAUAAUGAUGGAGUGUUUUGGAGCAGAAGAAGCUGUAAAGAUCACACUGAACAUCCUGAGGAAGAUGAAGCAGAACCAGCUGGCUGAAGAGUUACAGAGCAAGUACACUGAAGUGCAAAAAUCAUUAGAGCCAGCUGAGAAACGCAGAAGAAAACAAGAGGAUUUCUGGCUGCAGGAAUUCAUGAAAACUCACAAAAUAAACAUGAAGGAGAAAGUAGAACACAUUUUUGAGUGUAAAAAGGGAAAUGAAGCACAUCUCAAGGAUGUUUUCACAGAACUCUUCAUUACGGAGGGGGAUCUUAAAGAAGUCAAUCAAGAACAUGAGUUUAUGAAGAUUGGUGAAGCCAUUAAACCCCGUAAAUCACAGGACUGUUCAAUCAAAUGCAAUGAUGUAUUUAGUCGGAACAAAAAUAAGAAAAAGAUUGUUCUGACCAAAGGCAUUGCUGGCAUUGGAAAAACGGUCUCAGUGCACAAGUUCAUUCUGGACUGGGCAGAAGAAAAAGCCAAUCAGAAUAUAGACUGUGUUUUCCUGCUUCCAUUCCGAAGGAUUAACUGCAUUAAAGAUCGGGAGAUCAGUCUGCAUGAGUUUCUUCAGAUAUUUAAUCCUGAACUGGAGGACCUGGAAACAGCAAAGAUAUGUAAGAUAUAUAAAUGUAAUCUUGCAUUUAUCUUUGAUGGACUGGAUGAGAGUCGACUACCUUUGGAUUUUGACAGUGGAAUGGUGAGGAGUGUUGAGAAGCGAUCAUCUGUAGAUGAACUGUUUACAAGUCUUGUGAAUGGGACUCUGCUUCCAUCAGCUCACGUCUGGGUGACAUCACGACCAGCGGCAGCCAAUCAGAUCCCUCCAGAGUAUGUAGGGUUGUUCACAGAGGUGCGAGGUUUUACUGACCGCCAGAAGGAUGAGUAUUUCAGAAAGAGAAUCAAAGAUGAGACUCAGGCCUCCAGAAUGGUCUCACACAUUAAGAAAUCUUGUAGUCUCUACAUCAUGUGUUACAUUCCUGUGUUCUGUUGGAUCACAGCCACUGUUCUUCGGGAUGUCCCCAUUGAGAACAAUGCAGAGAACAUCAACAUGACACUCACUAAAAUGUACAUUCACUUCCUGCUAAUACAGAUGAACAUCAAGAGCCAGAAGUGUGACAGAAAAACAGAAAGAGUCCAUACCAAGCUCUUAGAUUCCAAUAAAACAAUGAUUUUGAAGUUAGCUAAGCUAGCAUUUGAACAACUGAAGAAAGAAAACAUUGUGUUCUAUGAGGAAGAUCUGAGAGUAUGUGGUAUUGAUGAGAGUGAAGACUUUGAGUCCACAGGAAUGCUCACUGAGAUCUUUCAGCAAGAAGCUGGACUUCAUGAGAUGAAGGUCUUCUGCUUCGUGCAUCUGAGUGUUCAAGAGUUCUUCGCUGCAGUGCACGUGUUCCUCUGCUACCUGAGCAAGAACAUGGACGAGCUGCAGUUUUUCAGUGAAGAAACACAAAGAAAGGUCAGGCCUGACCACAUUGACAAGCCAGACAAAAAUAUUGCUUUACAUGAUUUACUAAAGAAGGCUGUUAGUAAAGCAAUGCAAAGUCAGAAGGGACAUUUAGACUUAUUUUUACGGUUUCUCCUGGGCAUUUCACUGGAAUCCAAUCAGAAACUGCUCAGAGGCCUGUUCUCACACACUGAAGACAGCAAAGACAGCAUCACAGAAAUAACCAAACACAUUAAAGAAGAAUUACAAAACCAGGACAUCUCACCUGAAACUUCAGUCAACCUGUUCUACUGCUUACUGGAGCUCAAUGAUAAUUCACUAUAUACAGAAAUCCAAAGAUACUUCAUAUCACCUCCAGAAAGACCCCUCUCUUCUUCCAUGUGCUCAUUGAUUACUUAUGUACUGCUGAUGUCAGAGGAGGUGCUGGAUGAACUCGACCUGGAUAAGUACAAUACUGAACCAGGAGGCAAAAGGAGACUCCUGCCAGCUGUGAGAUGCUACAGAAAAGCAGAACUCUCCUCAUGUUAUCUCAAUGACACCGACUGUGAAACUGUGGCUUUGGCCCUGCAGAUACCAAACUCACCCCUGAUAGAGCUGAACAUGAGUCGCAAUUACCUGCAUGACUCAGGAGUGAAUCUGCUCUCUGAUGGACUGAAGAGCCCAAACUGUCAACUGAAGAUACUGAGAUUGGAAGGCUGUUCUCUCACGGGUCAGUGCUGUGAAAUUUUGGCAUCAGUUCUACAAUCAUCAAAUUCACGACUGAUAGAGCUGGACAUGAGUGGCAAUGACCUGCAGGACUCAGGAGUGAAGUUGCUCUCUGAUGGACUGAAGAGCCCAAACUGUCAGCUGGAGAUACUGAGAUUAUGGGGCUGUAAGGUGACAGAUGAAGGCUGUGGUUAUCUGGCUUCAGCUCUGCGUUCAAAUCCCUCACACCUGAGAGAGCUGGAACUGAGCUUGAAUCACCCUGGAGAAUCAGGGGUCAAGAUGCUCUCUGAUCUACUUAACGAUCCAAACUGCACACUGAACAAACUUGAAAUCUGGUAAUCUCAAACUGGAUCCAAACACAGCAGACACUAGUCUCAUUCUGUCUGAGGAGAACAGAAAUAUGACAUACGUGUUUGAGGAUCAGCCAUAUCCUGAUCAUCCAGAGAGAUUUGAUGAGUGUCGUGAGGUUCGGUGUAGAGAGAGUAUGAAUGGACGCUGUUACUGAGAGGUUGAAUGGAGUCAGUGAAUGAAUAUCAGCGACAUAUAAAGAUAUCAGCAGGAAAGGAAAAAGACACUGUAAAUUUGGAUUUAACAAAAUAUCCUGGAGUCUGAACUGUUCUGAUUACAGAUACACUGGCAGUCACAAUAAUCUGAGAACCAUCAUAUCUGCCUCCAGAUGGAACCCAAAGCCCUCGCAAUCCUCUUCCGAGUUCACACUUUCGUGAUAUAACAUCGCUUUCACUGUUGGGUAGAAGUCUACUGCGGAGCUCACAGGCUUGCAGGCUUGGCAAAAGUGCACACAGAGGUUGCAUAUUGGCCGCAAAGGGGGCGCUCCCAAGCACCCGUCUGAAACCCAAAAUGACAAGUGGGACACCCUAUGGCACAUGUGUCAAACUCAGUUCCUUGAGGGCCACUGUUCUGCAGAGUUUAGCUCCAACCAGCUCCAAAAUUCCUGCCUAGAUUUUUCUAGUAAUCCUGAAGACCUUGAUUAGCUGGUUCAGGUGUGUUUAAUUAGGGUUGAAGCUAAACUGCAGGGAUGUGUCUCUCCAGGAACUAAGUUUGACACCCCUGCCCUAAGGUCUUGUGGACUUGAUGGACACGCCCACGUGGUGGCCAUUGUAACAAUAUUUUAUCUUUUUGUGAGCCGCAGCUGUGUCGGCUUUAAUAUGCUAAAUCUUCUUAUUUAUGUGCAUGACAUGCCCUGACAUUUGUGCUUUUUUUCAGUUGUUCAUAAACAUAUUAAUGGAAAA